GAAAAUUGUUCUGUCAGCGGAGACCUGGGCCAACCGCACAUCCCGCAAGUCCGUAAUCACUACAGUAUGAAAAUCUGCCGAAACGCCCAACCCCACUCACUGUCAUUGGUUGUCCAAGAAAUCACAGUUCAAGUUUGUCCCUUCUGCAGACAAAUCUUCCCAGUUAACUGCGAUUGAGACGCUUGUUCAGUGCUAUUCCUCAGCCAUUAGCGGCGUCGUUGGCCGCUGCCAUGCCGAAACCCAGAGUGCAGGCAGCUUCGGACGACGAGGACGAGGACUUUGAUCUCUGCGACGACUACGAUCUUGCGGCAGCGGACUCUGACGACGAUGACUUCGACACCCACCCACAAGCCUCCUCCACACCUGCAACGACACCCCUUUCCGGUAGCAGCUCUAGGCUGUCCCGACCCAAGAAUCUGAAGUGUCCAUACGAAAAUUGUGAGAAGGCAUUCAACCGCCAGGCUCGUCUCAAAGAACACAUUCGAUCUCACACAAAUGAACGGCCCUUCAAGUGCUCCUACUUUCCCUGCACCAAAUCCUUCCUCCGGGACAGCCACCUGAAGCACCAUGUCAAAAGCCAACAUCAGAAAAUCCGUGACCACAAGUGUGAUUACGAGGGUUGUGACAAAAGCUUCACCACCGCGACCCGCCUCCGCAGACACAUUGAUACUCAUGAGGGGCAGAAGUUUCGGUGUGAUUAUGCAGACUGCGGUCAAGAGUUCCGGAAGCAAGGCACUUUAGAUCGACACAUCUUGUCUGUUCAUCACAACAUCAGACCCUUCCCUUGUCAGGAAGCUGAUUCUGUCACUGGUCAACCUUGUGAAAAAGCAUAUGACACCGCCGAGAAUCUACGUGCUCAUCAAAGAGCUAAGCAUGAUCCUUCAAGGUUUUCAUGCAUCGAGUGCCAGGAGCACAAUCAGGCCUUGUUGGCUAGCGGUGACUUGGACCCUAGCCACCAACAGGUUGCGGGAUUCUCUACUUAUGGAGAGUUCCAGGCACAUCUCAAGAUCGUGCAUCCACCAACUUGUCCUCAAUGUCCCACAUCAUUCACCACCAACAAGGAAUUGACCCGCCAUUUGGAACUUCUGCAUGGUGUUCUUCCACCGGAUGGACCAGUCAUCAACCCUUCGUUCGUGUGCGACCAUAUUGGAUGUGGUAAAGCAUUCACCAAGAAAGGCAACCUCAAUGUCCACAUCAAGACAGUACAUGAGAAUCGCCGCGAUUUUGUCUGUGGUGAGACAGAGAUGACAAUUUUGGACGAAGACGGCGAUCAAGACGUCGUGGUUAAAGGCUGCGCACGUUCUUUUACAAGCAAAGCCAGUCUAGAAGAACACAUCCGCACUGCUCAUCUCGGUCUAGAGAGCAAGCGGAAGACCCGCGACAAGAAACGCAAGGCUACCAGCACCUCACUCGAAGGAGAAGUACCCAAGAAACGCAAGCCGCGCAAGGACAAGGGAGUGAAGAAAACAUCCACCCUGGCUUCGCUUAUUGGCGGACCUGCCAAGCAAGAGGACAUUCUAUACUAUGGCACCUACGAUCCGGAAGCUGGCGAUCUGGACUUUGACGACAAUUUCCAGGGCGAUGGUCUCCUUUCUGGCUCAGUCACUAUGUUGGGCAACCAGAUUUAUUACGGCGGCAACACCUACGAGUACCCUGCGGGUGAAUAUCCCAAUUCGCCUCUACGUCUGUCCACCCUGGGUGUUGAUACCACAGCUGCCACUGCAUCUGCUGCUCCUGCUGCCACUCUGGAUGAAGACAUCUUCGAGUUUGAGCGUUCUGCACCUCCUACACCUUCCCGAAUUGACGAUGCAUUGUUUGGUGCAUUCGAGCAACAUUGCUUGCGUGAUGAUGUUUAAUGAUUUGAGGUCACGACACACGACUUUCUCAUCGUCCAUCAUCUUCCUUUCCCCUGCUUUCGUUUCUCCAAAAGUUACGAUACCCAAUCAUACAUCAGUCGAUGAUUUUCAUGCGAUGCGAAGCGAUACUAUUGGGCAUCAAAUCACCCUGCCUUUUCCCGAGUUUUGCGAAUGGGUACAAAGAAACUUUGCACAUAUCCCUCGUUAUCUUCACGAGGUUUAAUGCCUUGGGGCGUGCUUAUCGAGGGGAGAUUGUUGUUUGUUACGGGGCGGCGUUUCUCACCAAAAAAAAAGUGAAAGUUUUCACGAGCUGCCAUGAAUUUUGCGAAGGCGUCUCGGUUGGAUCUUGAGCAUAAAUUGGUCGGUGACAUGGAAGUGGUGUUGAUCGGCUGCUGGUUGCUGGUUGCUGGUUGCUGCAUAGUUCAAAUGGUCCGGCAAAAGUGCCAAAAGCGAUUCCACCUUAUUGUGGAACAUGAGUUAAUGAAGUGAAACGAAACAUCACGAGUUCAUAAAACCUG